ACCCUCCCGUGGGUUUCCCCCCGCCCCCCCUCUCCCAUCCCGCCGCCGAAGGAUGCCGGAUCAAAUAUCGGUGUCCGAGUUUCUCUCGGAGACGACAGAGGAUUAUAAUUCCCCGACCACGUCCAGUUUCACCACCCGGCUGCAGAGCUGCAGGAACACGGUGAACGUGCUGGAGGAGGCUUUGGACCAGGAUCGAACCUCCCUGCAGAAAGUGAAGAAAUCAGUCAAGGCCAUUUACAAUUCAGGACAAGACCACGUUCAGAAUGAGGAGAACUACGCCCAGGCAUUGGACAAAUUUGGGAGCAACUUUAUUAGCCGGGACAAUCCUGCUGGAACAGCCUUUGUCAAGUUCUCCUCCCUCACUAAGGAGCUGUCUACUCUCCUGAAGAACUUGCUCCAGAGCCUCAGCCACAAUGUGAUCUUCACCUUGGACUCGCUCCUGAAGGGCGAUUUAAAAGGCGUGAAAGGGGACAUAAAGAAGCCCUUUGACAAAGCCUGGAAAGACUAUGAAGCCAAGUUUACAAAGAUAGAGAAGGAGAAGCGGGAGCACGCCAAGCAGCACGGGAUGAUUCGCACUGAGAUCACCGGGGCUGAGAUCGCUGAGGAGAUGGAGAAGGAACGCCGCCUCUUCCAGCUCCAGAUGUGUGAGUACCUGAUCAAAGUAAAUGAGAUUAAGACCAAGAAAGGAGUGGACCUCCUGCAGAACCUGAUUAAGUAUUACCACGCACAGUGCAAUUUUUUCCAAGAUGGCUUGAAGACAGCAGAUAAGCUGAAGCAGUACAUAGAGAAACUGGCAGCUGAUCUCUACAAUAUCAAACAAACUCAGGAUGAGGAGAAGAAACAGCUCACUGCCCUGCGAGAUCUGAUCAAGUCCUCCCUCCAGCUGGACCAGAAGGAGUCUAGAAGAGACUCGCAGAGUAAGCAAGGUGGCUACAGCAUGCACCAGCUGCAGGGAAACAAGGAGUUUGGGAGCGAAAAGAAAGGAUACUUGCUGAAGAAGAGUGAUGGGCUGAGGAAGGUGUGGCAGAGGAGACAGUGCUCGGUGAAGGGCGGCAUCCUCACCAUCUCUCAUGCCACGUCUAAUAGGCAGCCGGUCAAACUCAACCUGCUGACUUGCCAGGUCAAACCCAGCGCUGAGGACAGAAAGUGCUUCGAUCUCAUUUCUCAUAACCGGACAUAUCAUUUCCAAGCUGAGGAUGAACAAGAGUUUGUCAUCUGGAUCUCCGUGCUAACCAACAGCAAGGAGGAGGCACUGAACAUGGCGUUUCGAGGGGAGCAGAGCAGCGGAGGAGAGGGCGGUUUGGAGGACCUGACUAAAGCCAUCAUCGAAGACGUGCUGCGAAUGCCAGGCAACGAAGUGUGCUGCGACUGCGGAGCUGCAGACCCCAAGUGGCUGUCCACCAACCUGGGUAUCCUGACCUAUGAAUGCUCUGGCAUUCACCGGGAGAUGGUCCACAUCUCACGUAUUCAGUCCAUGGAGCUGGACAAGCUAGGAACCUCAGAACUCUUGCUUGCCAAGAAUGUAGGGAACAGUAGUUUCAAUGAGAUCAUGGAGGGAAACCUCCCUUCCCCCUCGCCAAAGCCCACUCCCUCCAGUGACAUGACUGUAAGGAAGGAGUUCAUCAACGCCAAAUAUGUGGACCACAAGUAUGCAAGAAAGACGUGCACGUCAGCGCAGGCUAAAAUGAUCGAGCUCUGCGAGGCUGUCCAGUCCAGGGACCUGCUGGCUCUCAUUCAGGUCUACGCAGAGGGGGUGGAGCUGGAGCCCCUCCCAGAAGCCGGACCGGAAGUUGGGGAGACGGCGCUGCACUACUCAGUACGGACUGCUGACCAGACCUCGCUGCACCUGGUGGACUUCCUUGUGCAGAACAGCGGUAACCUGGAUAAGCAGACGGAGUGGGGGAACACCGCACUGCAUUACUGCUGCAUGUACGAGAAGCCCGAGUGCCUGAAGUUACUCCUGAGGGGAAAGCCAGCGACUGACAUCACCAAUCAGAAUGGAGAGACGGCGCUGGAUGUUGCCAGGCGACUGAGGAACAGUCAGUGUGAGGAGGCACUUGUGCAGGCUGCAGAGGGGAAAUUCAACCCUCACAUUCAUGUGGAGUACGAAUGGAGCCUGAGAUUGGAAGAGAUGGAUGAAAGCGAUGAUGACCUGGAUGACAAGCCUAGUCCCAUCAAGAAGGACCGCUCGCCGAGGCCUCAGAGCUUCUGCCACUCCUCCAGCCUCUCCCCGCACGACAAGCUCUCCCUGCCGGGCUUCAUCAGCCAGAGGGACAAACAGCAGCGUUUGUCCUACAGCGCCUUCACCAAUCAGAUGUACAGCGCCUCCACCGACCUCACCUCGUCCCCCGUGGCCGACGGGCCACCGCUACCGCCCCGGAACCAGGGCAAAGCUCCACACUUGGCAUUCCUUGGCUCUCAUUCGCACUACGCCACACUGGCUGGCACUCGACCAUACAUCACUCUGCCCCCAUCUGGCCCUUCCUCUACACUCAUACCAGGAGGCAGCUCCACCCUGUCCAAGAAGAGACCUCCGCCCCCCCCUCCUGGACACAAACGCACCCUGUCUGACCCACCCAGCCCGCUCUCUCACAGUCCACACAGUAAAGGGGGCAUAACUGGGGGAAGUGACUCCACCCCUCCACCCGUCACCAAGAUGUCACCUGUGUCUAAUAAGUUUGAAGGCAUUCCACAGCAGCAAAGCACUACUUCAAGUAACACAAAGUCUACACUUGGCCCAAGGGUUCUUCCCAAACUACCUCAGAAAGUGGCAUUGCGGAAAAUUGACACCAUACACCACCCAUCUAUGGAUAAGCCUAGCCUUCCUCCAGAGGUCUUCCAGAAGUCCCCACCAGGAUCUGAAACUCCACAAAAGGCGCCCCUGCUAGACAGGCCUCAGCUGGGAGAACUGCCUCCAAAGCCACAGCCCUCUGAACUACCCCCUAAACCUGGAGAACUUCCUCCAAAGCCACAACUCUCCGACCUUCCUCCUAAACCCCAUUUGGGAGACUUACCACCCAAACCCCAGCUCAAAGAUCUCCCUCCCAAGCCUCAUCUUGCAGACAUCCCCCCAAAACCUGGAACAAUUGAGUCUGCUCCAAGGCCGCCUCCUGGAGAGUCCACACCAAAACCUCAACCUCAGCCUCCACCUCAGCCUCAGCUUCAAGACUCACCGCCAGCCAAUCAGCAAGCAAAUAUAAUGACCCCUUCUCAACAGCCCAUUGAGGAUGCCAAUGGAACCUUGGCAGGAACUGCAGAGAUGCCUGUGCCUCUUCCGAGGAAGAUCAACACGGGGAAGAGCAAAGCCCGCCGAGUGAAGACAAUCUAUGACUGCCAGGCUGACAAUGAUGACGAGCUGACAUUCGUUGAAGGAGAGGUGAUCAUAGUUACAGGAGAAGAGGACCAGGAGUGGUGGAUCGGACACAUUGAAGGAGAUCCGGAAAGAAAGGGUGUGUUUCCCAUGUCUUUUGUGCACAUCCUGAGUGACUGACAACCAGAAAGACUUGCACUACGCCUCUCCCUAAAUUGAGGAGCCUGUAAAUAGCCAUUAUAAUACCACUUGUAACAAGACAAGUGCUCUAAGGACAAAAAAAACAAAAAGAAACCCAAGAAGGCUCAUCAAGCCGUGGAUGUUUCAUCCAUGCUGUACAAAGAAUGUGUGUAUCCUUCCUCUACCAGUAUUAUCUUAACGUUAUAGCGCGGCUGUGUCCUAGCCAAUCAAAUCUCUAGCACUUACCUAGAAUCUAUGUUUAUGCUGUUACUGUGUAUAUAUGUAUGUAAAUAUAUAUAUUUGUGUGUGAGUGUAUAUACAUGUUUUAUUGUACAAAACAUGUACCAUUCCUCUACCUGUCAGAUUAAACAUCCAGCCAGUAGUCUGAAUUUUAUCUGUAUUAAUUUUACCGGCCCUCCUUUAUCAGCUUCUGCAAAAUGACAUGAACGGAAUGUGAAAUAGGUCACGUCACUACUUGUCUUGCAUCCCCGUUUUGCCACCAAGAGUCUCCCACUGAUCUUCCCUCCAAAACAUGGAGACUCUAAAGUGUCUGCUUGCUGUGCGUGUCCACCUGCUGGUGGUAAUACAGUUUAGAAACCUGCUGCUACCGUGUGGUGGAAUAUUAAAACCUGUGGUCCACUGAUUUUUUUUUUUUCCUCCUUGUUACACUGUCCACCUUAUAUGAACUCUACACCCUUGCAUGGUGUAACAAUGACUGGAAUUUAGUGCUGCGUUCAAGACGGUCACCUCAGGGUUUGAAGAGCCACUAUUAAAGCAGGACGACAGAAGGCAUCCUGCUGUUGAAGCCACUAUUAACCACAACUCAUGAGGACAUCUUAGCAAUAAUGACUUACUGAAAGGCUAGGAAACUCAAGUGUGCAACCCUCCUGUAUUCACGACCGUCUUGUCAGUGUUUGUACUCAUGAGCUUGACAUUUUAGUUUGGGGUUUAGUAUCAUGCAGUUAUGUAAAAUUCCAGGUUUGCCUUGGAACCAGACAUGUUUUGGCUGAAGGGUGGCCUUUACCGAAGCCCAACAGCUUCAUCUGGUCCUCACUGGCUUGCAUUUCUUCAUGUUAAAGCAGUCAACCCAUUGUAUCAUUAAAAGUGCUGUACUUGAAACCUUGA